AUGAAUUCCAUACCGUUGCAAUAUGAAAGUUUGAAAUCAGUUCUGAUUCAUAUGGAUGCCAACGUUCGGUUCCAAAUUUCGCGCCGACUACCUGCAAUCCGCUCAACUGAAAAACUCGUGCCACUCAGAAUUCGCAAAUUGAAGCUAGACGGCGUUUCUACGGAAGUUGAUAAUACAUUUUAUGAUUUGGGAAUCUAUCGAGACUACGAACCAGGCGUGAAAGUUCCAAGGAAUGUUAAGAUGUACAAUGACUCUACUGGAUUUUAUCAUGAUCUGGAUGAAUACGGAUUUGAGAUUUAUUCGGCGGAUUCUGUUUUGGAUUCUGGAGAUAUCUCCUUCCAACAUCCAAAUGGUCCGCCAUUCCAAAUUGGCACGGACGACCUUACUGAAAAAAACUAUACAGAAGAAUUGAAGUGCUAUGAGAAGGCCAUAUAUAUCCGUACUGGCCAGCUACCAACAGGAAAGGCUUUAGAAGAACCGGAUUCUAGUGCCGCAUGGGGCCAUAUAAACGAAGUCCGUCUGAAACAUGCGAUGGAAAUGGAUAUGAAUAUUCUAGAAGUUUUCACCGACGACGCUCGCUCCAAUCUUGCUCCUUUUGAAUUUCGUCGUUUCGAUCGGAAACCACCAUAUACUUGCUACAUUCAGCUGACUAUUAUCCGUAACAAGAAAACGAAACAAAUCCAAAGAUAUGCAUACAACAUGAAGCUUCAUCAAGCGAUGAAACGAUUGAAUACAUUGCUUUUUGGAGGAAGACGCCCAGCAAUUCAAGCUCAAAGUGUCCAGUUGCCGAGAUUUGGCGCCGUUUUGAGACUCCCUGUCGGGUUCAGAGUGAAAACGAAACAACUUGAAAAUGGAUAUUCUUUGAAUGACUGGAGCGAAGGUGUCAAUGUAAUGCUAGACGCCUCUUGUUUCCCGUUGAAUGUUCUUAAACUGCCGAUUUCCAAUAGAGAAAGAGACGAUUUUGAGUUGCCGAUUGUCAGAGAUUCGAAGGAAUUGAUUGUUUACAACUCGGACUCACAAUUCGAUAUUCUACCGAUUCUCACAACUCUUUCUAAUAAAGAGGUUGUUCUGGCGGAAACACUUAGAGAUGUUCCAAUUCAAUCAUAUUUUGGAUUAAUCGAAAACUGGCUAAAUGCUGACAAGCCUGUCGGAACUUGUUAUUCAUUUGGAAUCAAGGAAGAAGAUACAGCAAAAGAGCUUCUCAAAGUUAUCAAAAGCCGUUUGGAGAACACAAAGAGGACUAAAAGAUGCAUCUCCGUCGUAACUGGAAAUAAUACAAAACUCGAAGUGUUCUAUGUCCCUAUCAAAAAUCCACGCAGUCGAGAGCAAAAGGAUUUCAUGUACGAUUGCAAAUGGGUUCUCAAAAUACGGAUUGUACGAUUAUAA